CGAUCGGAGAAUGAAUUCGGAGCGAUAGUAAACUUUCCUAAUUGGCAAGUAGCGAACUUACCAGCUAUGUCAGACACUGACAGACGAGAGCUCGUCCGCAAUGCAGUUUCGUUCCUUUCAGAUUCUACGACACAACAGGCACCGGUUGCCCAGCGUGUGCAGUUCCUCGAAGCAAAAGGUCUCACCGGUCCAGAGAUCGAGGAGGCAAUGAAGCAGGCCGCGAACCAGACUGUGCGCUCGCAACCUGCGCCUCAACUUCAAAAUUACUUUCAGUCGCCGUAUCCAACAUAUGGACCAACUCCCUAUCCCGGCUAUCCUUCUCAGCAGUGGGACUGGCGCGAUUAUUUCAUAACUGCUGUCAUAUCAGGAUCAGUGGUGUAUGGAGCCGUCUCGCUGUUCAAGAAAUAUCUUCAACCUCACCUCAUUCCUCCAGCAGCGACUGCAUAUGAGCAGGACCGUGAUGGUCUGACAGCACAGUUCGAUGCUGCAGAGGCUCUCUUGAAGGAAAUUCAGGCAGAGACUGAAGCCGUCAAGUCUGCGGUGUAUGAACAGAACGAACGGGUGGAUAAAGUCACCAAAGAUGUUGAGGCAGUAGUAGUUGAAAUGAGGGAAGGUGAGUCAAAGACGCGGGACGAGAUGCGUGAAAUCCGCGACGAAGUGGAAAAUAUCCGAGAGAUGCUGCCUAAGAUGAUCGAGAAGAACAAGGAGUCUCAGAAGGAGUCUCUUGCUGAGCUGCAACAAGAACUCAAAUCCCUGAAGGCUCUGUUGCUCAGUCGUGGGUCUGCUCCACUGACGAGCUCUCCUUCGACGCCCAUACCCUCCUUGGCCGGUAGACCAUCGAUACCUGCAUGGCAAUUGGCUAGCUCAGCGUCGGUACCAUCUGCUGCAGAGUCGCUACCGAGUACACCCGAUCCUGGACUACGCAAAUUUACUCUCGAAGAACGAUUACGCGCGUCGUUCUCAGUUGGAGAAGCAUCCAAUACCACAACGCCUGCUAUUUCUUCGAGAGUUUCGCCGGCGCCGAAUGCAGUUCCAGUCACGCAGCACCCACUCUCACCCACAUUUAUUCCUCUGCCAGCCUCCCCUGUGCUUCCAGCGGCAGCUUCUCCACCGCAAGUAUCUGAUGUCCAGCCCAGUGACCUUCCGGCAGAUCCUUUGCCAUUUACCCUCGCUGUAAAUCACCUCCAAGAUGCUAGUGAAGAAGGCUCUCAUACUAUCGUAUCAUCAGAGGUUCCUCAAGCUCUAGCUGAUAUUCCACUGCCACUCAGCCCAGAAGAGAAACCCCCCAUAGACAACUCCGAUAGUCUCCCAGUACCUGCAUCAGCCUCCACUGUAACAGAAGAAGCUCUAGCUGAUAUACCACUGUCACUCAACCCAGAAGAGAAACUUCCCACAGACAACUCCGAUAGUCUCCCAGUACCUGUAUCAGCCUCCACUGCGACAGAAGACGCUCUAGCUGAUAUAUCACUGCCACUCAACCCGGAAGAGAAACCCGCCACAGACAGCUCUGAUAGUCUCCCAGUACCUGUAUCAACCUCCACUGUAACAGAAGAAAAUCCUCAGCUACUUGACCAUCUUCCCGCUGUCACAGACACGGUACAUGCGUCAGACGUUCACGGAUCGGAAUCUAGAGACGUUGAUAGCAACACCGAUGUUCCGAUUCAAGUAGAUGUGUCUGCUUCGGACGAUGAUGUUGAUGGUGAUAGGACGGAACAGCCUCUAGAAGACCCUCCCGUUGUGCCUUCAGCAAAACGCAGCGAAGCUGACGUAGAAGCUCUUCAAGAACGUCUAAGACUUGUUGAACUACGGUUUUCAGACGUGUCGACGUCUUUUAAGAGACUUCAGGCAGAACGUUCGGCUGUAGAUGAUGUUAUCCGGGAAUUGACUCCUUUGGAGGAUACUGAGGAUGUGACUGUACUACGCGAUUACUUGGCUAACAUGAACAUGAAAACUGAGCUUGCACAGGAUGAACUGCAGCGUCUCAAUGGAAAACUCACACGUCAAGAGGAACGUAUCGAGGAGCUCAGAGAUACCCACAGGCUUGAAACCAGGUCUCAGUUGGACCAGAUCGACAAGCUCCGUCAACAGCUUAACGAAGCGGAAGCCCUCGUUUCAGCCUCCCAAGCUUCAGCUUCUCACACAGAAGAAGAAAUAGCGAGGCAGAAUGUUGAGAUUGAACGACUUGCAGUUGAGGCUGCUAAAGCAAAAGAAGUGGCAAAAGAAGAAGAAGAGAAACGUGUCAAGGCGAUUAGCCUCCUCAAGACUGUGCGUCAGAAGCUUGUCAAAGCCGAGAAGGAUAGAGACGAUGCAGUCAAGGAACUCGGAGAAUCCAAGGAAAAGGAGAGGCAGGAGCGAGACAAAGAGAGGGCUGAACGAGCAAGGUUGCAGUCAGAGAUCGAUGUGAUCAAUGCAGAGCGGGAGAAAGCGGUAGCCGGAUUAAGGACCCAGUUUGACAAGGAGGUAGCUGCUGUCAAGGACCGCAGUGAGAGGGAGCUUUCUGCCGCCCACGCACAAUAUGAAGCUGAGAUCGCAGCACUGAAGAUUUCGCAUUCAACGGAAUUGACUCAUAAGAGGUCACAGAUCGCCACAUUGGAAGCAUCUGUCAACAAGCUCUCCAGGGAGAACAGGACCUCCUUUGAGCAACUCCAGAUCCGGCAGGCCGAGUUAGAAUCCUCUCAGCACCACGUCGGGACCCUCCAGAGUCAAGAUACCGAACUGCAGUUCCAGCUUAGAGAAGCACAAGAUCAUGUUACCCUUCUCACAGAGGAAAUCUCAGAUCUUCGAGGAGAGCAAGAAACGCGACCGCAUGGGCAACUCGUUCCGCAGGAAGAUAUCUCCCAGCUCAUCUCCACGAUGGAAGCCAAGUACGAGGCCAAAUUGGCAGAGAUCAAAAGGAACUUGAUCCUCGCAGAGAAAGAGCGUACAGAGAGCGAAGCGGACUGGAGUCGCAAGCUUUGCGAGAAAAGUAGAGAAACGGACGAACUGAAGAUGAUUCUGCAGUCUUCUGCAAAAAUGCGGGAAGAGAAGCAUAGCACUACAGGAGUGCUGCAGGGUGAGAUCGAGAAACUCACAGCUGAGGUGCAGGAUCACCAGCGGCGUGCGUUGGAAUUUCAGCUACAGGUUGACCUCAUGAAGGAUGCUGAGACGUCAUUCCAGCUUCGCAUAUCAGAUGCGAAAGCAGAAACUGAGGGUUACAGGAACCAGCUUGAAAGCCUGAAGGCUCAUGAAGCACAGCUACGUGGGCACAUCAAGACACUCCGUGAGGAGCUUCGCAAGGUGCAAAACUCAGCUGCUUUGCUCGAGCGCCAGCGCAAUCCAGGAGUGGGUUAUUGGACCUCGCGAAGCGAGAACUCUGAUUCUCGUGCAUCGAUAUCAUCUGUCUCUGAUCUUCCAUCGCGAACUGCAUCUCCUGGACCAACAUCGCCCACCCCCUCGAAAGGUGAUGAAGAGGUUAACUUGGAGUACCUUAGAAAUGUGAUAUUGCAGUUCCUUGAGCACAAGGAAAUGAGACCCAAUCUCGUCCGUGUUUUGUCCAUCAUUUUGCGUUUUACACCACAAGAGACUCGGAGGCUGAUAGCAAAAGUGCAGUGAGGAAGUUAUUCAGUCUUCGAUGGAGCUUUAAAGUAUAUAUACACUACACUACGCUUGCUUUUGCUUUUUCCGCGCUGUCAUUGCAAUUUGCAUCAUUAGACACAUUACCAUAUUUGUCGUUACAUAAAUGAGCGCGCCGCAGCGCUAGCCCCGAGCUCGGUAC